CUCAAUGAAUUCCUAACAAUAGAUAAUAAGUCUUAUCAAGAAAAAUCUACUUAUUAGUUUCAGAAAUAAAGAAAUAUUUAUAGAAGCAUUACUUCCUAUCAUUGUUUCCCUAAUGCUUACAUUUAGAGGUAUUAGUAGUCAUUUUAUCAAAGAAUACCUUUCUGAAAUGAAAUAGUUAAUGCCACUGCUUUAUAGUUUAGCAACAGCAUCAACAUAAAGAUCAAUUCUAAUUAAGUUAGUAGAAGAGAAAAGUAAACGAUACAAAGAACUGCAAAAAGUAAUGAUAUUUUUAAGAUUAGAUUAUGGGUAUGAGUGAAAAUUCUUAUUUAAUUGGAUGGGUUUUGACAGGAUAUAUCAGAGUCAUAAUAGUAUAAAAUAUAGAUUUAUAAUUAGGCAGUAAUUAUAUUUGAAUUGUCUUGGUUUUUGAUGUUUCCAAUAUUUGGGAUAAAUUGGGAUGAUUAAUUUGAUCAAAAUUUUAUAUCAUUGACUUGGCCAUAUUUUCUAUUUUCUAUAGCAGUAAAAUAUUAUAUGAUAUCAUAGUCAAUGAAUCAAAUAUAUUUAUUCUCAAGUUUAUUUAAUGAAGUUAAAAUUGCAGGAGAAAUUUAAAGUUUUUUUUAAAUAGCAAGUGUUUUUUUCAUUUAUUUUACUUUUGUUGACAGUGCAGCAAAGUCUUUUCAAUUUUACUUUAUAUUGAGCAUAUUCAGUCCAUAAUGUAGUAUAGCAUUUACUUAUAUUGCAUCAAUGAAACCUGGCAUACCCACAGAUAUUUUAUCAGCAAAUCUAUUUCCAUCAUAAGAUAUUAUGGAAAUAUAUUCUCCAACAUAUGAGGGAAUAUAGAUGGCAAUAUAAGCAAUUGUAUAUUUCUUGUUUUUUUUAUACUUUGAAUAAGUAAUUCCAAAUGAAUAUGGAGUAUCGAAAGAACCUUUAUUCUUUCUAAGAAGGAACACAGUAUAAAUAAAAGAAAAUGAUUUAUUUGCCUAAUUAACAUCUGAAGAUAAUGAUGUGAGUUCUGCUAUUUAUCAUGAAGAAAUAAAGUAUUCAGUACCACCAAGUAUAAUUAUUAAGAAUUUGUUAAAGAAAUUCGGAACACUGAAAGCUGUUGAUAACAUUUCCCUUUCUCUUUAUGAAUCAGAAAUAUUUUGUUUAUUAGGACAUAAUGGUGCUGGAAAGACAACUGCUAUUAAUGUGUUAACUGGAAUGAUUUCAAAAACUUCAGGUUUAGUUAGUAUGUAUGAAAUGAAUUUAGAUACUUAAUUACCUUAAAUAAGAUAAUCUUUAGGUCUAUGUACUUAAAAAGAUUGUUUAUAUGAAGAUUUAACUGUUGAAGAGAAUUUAUAAUAUAUUGGAUCAAUAAAGGGGAAAGUAAAUUAGUAAGAAAUUCAAGAAAUAUUGAGGAAGACAGAUUUAAUAAAUGAAAGAUCUCUUUAAGUAAAAGUAUUAUCAGGAGGAUCUAAAAGAAAAUUAUCUUUAGGAAUGAGUUUAGUUGGAAAUUCUAAAAUUAUAUUUUUGGAUGAACCUACCUCAGGAAUGGAUGCUUAUUCUAGAAGAUAAAUUUGGUCUAUUUUAGAAAGAAUAAGAGAAGAUAAAAGAACAAUAAUAUUGACUACUCAUCAUUUAGAUGAAGCUGAAAUAUUAGCUAAUAGAAUAGGAAUUAUGUCUAAAGGUUAAUUAUUGGCUGUUGGAACAGCGAAUUUUAUUAAAAAAAAAUUUGGAGAGGGUUAUAAUUUAAAAAUUACAUUUAAUGAUGCAUCUCUAAAAAAUUAAAUUUAUGAAAAAGUCAAUAAACAUAUAUCAGAUUGUUUUUUAGAAACAGAACAUUCAAAUGAAAAUUAAUAUGUUUUCAACAUUCCUUUUACAGCUAAAAAUACUCUAGGAUAAUUAUUUUAGGAAUUAGAAGAAAUGUCAGUUUAAAUUGGUUUAUCAAUGAAAACUCUUGAGGAUGCUUUUGUAAAAAUAGGUAUGGAAGAGGAAGAGGCUCAUCUUACUUAAUAAAGAAAAAGUGAAAUCUAAAUUGCUAGAUAAAGUCUUGGAUUUCCAGCUACUGAUGAGGAUAAUUAAAGAGAGAAUUAAGAAUUCUUAUCUUAUCCCAUUGUAGUAAAAGAAGAUAUUCAAAAUGAUUUUAAAUAAAUACCAGAAUGUUUAUCUAAAGAUCCAUCAUAUUCCUUUAUAAAUUAAAUUUUGGCAAUCUUUUUAAGAAGAUACUAUACUGUUGUAAGAACUACUACAAAUUAUUUCUCUAUAAUAAUUCCUAUGAUUGCUUUUAUCAAUGGACUGGUUGUUGUUGCUAAUGUAAAAUUUUAAGAUGAUAUGUUUAAAAUUUUACCUGAUUAUGUAUUGAAUCAUUUCAAAAUUAAUCUCUUAGCUUCUUGUUGUGUAAUUGCUUUUUGUUUCAAUGCUACAAUAUAUAUUACAUAACCAGUGUUAGAAAAAGAAUUCUUUUUGAAAUAAUCAUUACAAGGAAUGGGAUUAAGAAAUAUGGCUUAUUGGUUAGGUACAUUUCUUUUUGACCUUAUCAUAUUCUUUUUAAAUUUAAUCUUAUUUUUAGUAGUUUCAGCAUUACUUGACUUAAAUAUUGUUUUUGAUAACAUUGGAAGAGCACUUUCAUGCUUUUUAAUAUUUGGACCUAGUUAAAUUUUAUUUGCUUACAUUAUGGGAUUUGUAUUCAAUAAAUUAGAAAGUGCAUUAAAAUUAUUUACAAUAUUUUGUUUUUUCAUUCUUUUUUGUUCACCAAAUAUCGUGAUAGCAUUUUCAUUUUUCUUUUACAAAGAGUUAGAUUAUCCUGAGUUCCUUAAAAAUAUAAUUUAUAUUUUUGAAAUAUUAUUUUCGGUAAUACUUAUUCUUAAUAAAAUAGAUCAUUUCACCAUUUUAUGCAUUUUUUUAAGCCUAUUUGUUCACAGCAAAUAAUUAUAAUUAAGUUGAGAAAUUUUUUUAAGCUCCUUAUUUAUUAAAAACAACAGAAGCUUAUUUAUUAAUUAUAGUAGGAUAGAUAGCAGUAUUUACAGGAAUUUUAGUAUUUCUUGAAAAUAAAAAAUCUUUUAAGAGACAAAACUAAGUGUAGUAAUAAAUCCAAGAGAAUCUAGAAGAAGAGAUUAUUAAUGAAAGAAAUAGAGUACUUAAAGAGGAUAAUAAUGAUCCUAUAAAAUCUAAAUUCUUAGAAAAACAAUAUGUAAAAGGAAAACCAACAUUACAAUAACUUACAUUUAGUGUAAAAAAAGGUGAAAUUCUUGGAAUUAUAGGUCCUAAUGGUGCAGGUAAAUCAACUCUAAUAAAUAUAUUUUCUGGAAUUAAUACUCCAUCAGCUGGUCAAGCUUUACUUAAUAAUUAUGAACCUAAAUAGUAGAUAAUGAAUAUAAUGUAACAUGUUGGAGUAUGUCCAUAAUUUGAUUGUAUAUGGGAAAAUUUAACACCAGUUGAACAUCUUUAAUUAUUUGGAAGAAUCAAAGGAUUAAAAGGAUAAGAAUUAUCGACUGCUGUUUCAUAUUUCAUAAAAACUAUGCAAUUAGAUUUAUUUAUCAAAACUAAAGCUGGUUAAUUAAGUGGUGGUAAUAAAAGAAAAUUAUGUGUUGCUGAUGCUUUAAUUGGUGGUAGUGAUAUUACAUUCUUUGAUGAACCUAGUACUGGAGUUGAUCCUAUAUCUAGAAGAUUUCUCUUCAAUACAUUAAAGAGAAAUAUUCAAUUGAGAGCUUGUUCAGCAAUUAUGACAACUCAUACUAUUGAAGAAGCAGAAAGUUUAAGUGAUAGAAUUGGAAUAUUAAUAGCUGGACAAUUUAAAUGCUUAGGUUCUCCUUAAGAUUUGAGACAGUAUAAUUAUAUCAUUAUAUUAUUAGAAAAUAUGGAAGUGGGUAUCAAAUCUAAGUUAAAUACAUCAAUCCAACUGUGGCUAAAUAUAUUUAAGCUUAAUUUCCUAAAUCACAAUAAGUAGAAGAUAAAAGAGAAGGUUAUUUAAUGUAUUCUAUUCCAAAAGAAGGAUUUAGUUUUUAUCAAUCUUUUAAAUUCUUUUAAAAUCAAUAAUAGGAAGGUCAUAUUGAAGAUUUUUAAAUUGAAGAAAAGUAUAUUCUUUUUCUAUUUUUAGUUCUUUGGAAUAAGUUUUCAUUCAUUUCAGUAAAAUUCAAUAAGAAAUCAACGAGAAAGAAGGAAUUUGCUUUGAUUGA